CUGGCGAGCGCUGGCUGCGAGCGUCUGCUUCCGACGCUGCGGCGCAAACGCGCCUCGCGGAAGGCCACGGAGCAGCACUUGUCAGCGCCCCGUGCCCGUGCAACGGCUGCUAGAGAAGAAUCGUCGCCGCCGCAGCAACAACCGCGCAGCAUGAACCGCCCUCUUCGUUCCUGCUGGGCACCCGAGACGCCGAUGUGCCUGCACGCGGCAGCUGCCAGAGCAGACGACGCGUGUUGACCUUGCUUUUACCAACGCUUUCUUCUUGUAAGGUUGGCGUCGCCGAGAAAGCUACGCUACGCGUAAAGCGACUGGCGUGCGCUAGCGAGCGCGCCAAGAAUCAAAAACACGACUGCCUCACGAGUGCCACUGUUAAACGACCAGUGUUUGUCGGAGCGCCGGCGGCGUCCGCUGUCCACCGCUGCCAUCUGCGCUGCUGGAUUGUUUCUUUUUUGCUUGAUUCCUCGGUCAACUUGUGAGUGCCCGUCGUAUCCCCGAUAACGAAGGAGCUCGCCAAGCAGCGACAUUAGCUUCGCUCGGGCUUACCUACGGAUACGGCGACGUAUCUGCAAGUCGCGGCUACGCAGAAGCGGACGGGACGAGCUGGAACGCAAAACAACCCCAGUGUCUUCGCAGUGCGAGGCACCGUCGCUUCGAGGAUUUCGAUGGCUCCGUUCACCACCUCGAGCAAGGUUUUCGAAGGCUCAUUGGCACGUCACAGCUCAGCAGGAAGCCAGCGUGGCCUGUCCGUAAGCCUGAGAGUGCAGCUGAGGGUCUCCGCUGUGGCGUCGCCCAAACUCUCCCAUUCGUCCGAACCGCUGGCCGGCUAGGAGUGAGCCACGGCUGUCAACCAUCACGAAGAUCUGAAUUUUGUUCGUGCGUAAGUGAAUGUGUGUGUGCUAGUGUUAGCGUACAAAUAAGUGCCGCAUCUGUAAGCUUACGUCAGUGACCGCUGCGUGAUCUUGAUGCUCAGCCGGCGCAACGAGACACCAACACGGUGACCUUGAAGAGGAAACUUAAUUGUGGCAGUCUUGGGUCGCGUCACAGUCAAUUUACCGUUCGAUGAUGUGCUACUGAAGCGCCAAACUUCGCAAAAUCAGUUCGCUCACAGGUACGGCCAUUUGGCAGAGUUUCGACCUAUAGUCGCAUCGCCGCCGGACUUCUGGAGGCCACUUUCGGAUGAAGGCCGCGGCGCUCCGUGGGAACGGCGACUGCCGCAGCGAUUCGCCUAUCGAAUUGCCCCUUUCUUCAUCCUGUUCAGCGUGACACUCGAAGAAGCCGUUAUCUGGACGAGCCGGGAAGCGAAGCGUGGGACAGCUUCGCAUCGUCGCUGCGUUAAAGGAUCGGUCGCCAACGAGGGAACGCGUGAGCGCUGUCACUUAACCCACGCCUACGGAUCGUCGGCUCUCAGCCUCCACUGUGUCGUAUAGCUUGGCACUAUACCUGUGCGUCUCGGCGUUAGUGCUUCUUUGAUUUUGUUUUUGUUUCGUGCAUUGGAGCUGCUAGAGCCCAGUAUCAGCACGGCAGUGGUGCCGUGCUAUUGUGUGUGCCGGGCGCCGCGCGGCGCCCGGCGCGACGACGUCGUCGCCGCCGCCGGAGUGUCCCGUGUCCGGGAGGAUGAGCGUUCGUGAGGUGUGCCUCAAGAAUGGGAUGCACGCAGAGUGCCAUUCAGCGCAGGGCUGGAGGCCGCGCGGGCCGCGGAGGCCCCGCGACGCCCGUGCCCACGUCGGCGACCGGCGGCGUGCCGCCGACCAGGUCUGCCUCGGACCUCUCGGCGGCCACCAACAACUCGGCGUCCAACAACCGGUGUCGCGCGCCGCCGGGCGCCCCCGAGUCUCAGCCGCAGCAUCGCAACUCGCGGCCCCAGUGCCUCGAGGGCGCCAGACCUUUUUUCCGCCGCACCACCAACUGGGAGGUCGUCACCGACCGGAACGUACCACUGUUCGCAAAGCUUGACAGCACUCCCGACGACGGAAGGAAAGGAACCGUGGCGCUCAAGUUUGGCUCCAUGUACCUUACAGUCCCUUCAGUAAAAGUGAUGUUUGUGUUCGGCAAGGAGGACGCGCAGUACAACGCGCUCAAGUGGGCGGCCGACAAGAUGCACUACGAGUGUACGCUGAGCUCUACCUCCGAAGCGGCCAUUGACAACUACCUCAACGGGCAGCCCCACCUUGUGUUCGUCGACGCGAGGAGCAAGAGCGCCAUCGACCCUGUGGCCCUGUGCAGAACGCUUCGUGGUUUCAGGGGCAGCCAGUUCACGUGCAUCCUCGCUGUCGUAAAGAAAGGGUUGGCCGAUAAGGAGGAAGCAGCUGUCAUCCCGCUGCUGAAAUGCGGUUACAACAGGUGGUUCACGGAGACGUGCUCCCUGGGCGUGUGCCUGAACGAGAUGAUCCAGAUCGAGCACAAUGACCUCAUCAACCUGUGGAAGCUCAGGGCCUCCGAGGCACUCUUCUCUGCUCUGCACUAUGCACGGGACGGUGUCAUCGUCACCGGUGCCUCGCACGAGAUUCAGUACAUGAACCGGGCUGCCGAGAAGCUGGUGGGCUACUCUGUGGAGGAGAUGCUAGGCGUGGACGCCCAGGAGCUUCACCGCACUGACUCGCUGAAAGCGGAAGUGGCCGCCACCAUCUGCACGCAGCUCAAGAAAGGCAAGGAGUGGGAGGGCACUCUGUUCCACAAGCGGAAGUCCGGAGAGUGCAUCCCCAUGUGGAGCAAGAUCGCCCCCGUCGAGAUUCACACCGGGAAGUCGGACCACGUGGUGUACAUUAAGGAAUGCCCUUUCUUCAUGGAAAAGCCCUUCUCGCCCGAUGCCGAUUUCCUGUCUUUUACACUUAACUCGAGCAUGAAAAGCUCUAGAAAGGCAUCUUGUGAUGUUCGUUCCUUGUGCAGUGAGGUUGGAAUGAACAGACGACAAUCAUUCGCAAAAUUUCACGCAAUGACUCUGGAGGCUCCCAUAACAAAGGUCAUCAACAUGCUGGUGUCGACACAAGAAAACAGUUCGGCCAUGGUGGCUCAGGCAUUGGACCGUGUCAUCGAAAUCCUUCGCUCCACAGAACUCUACAACCCGCAGCUGGGAGUCGGCCAGGGCAAGUCCGAGGACCAGAUGACAUCUGACCUGGUCACCGGACUAAUCAACACGGGCCAAAAACCGACGGGCGUGCGACGGUUAUCCCACGAGACUUCGCUGAUGAAAGUGAACGUUGUGAAUGCGACGGCUUCGAGCGGCGUUCUCCCCAGCCUGCAGACUGCGCCACCCAAGAUCAAGGAGUUGCUGGAGAAUGAUGUCAAGUGGGAGUUCGACAUCAUCGAGCUGGAGACACUUACUGGACGACGGCCUCUCAUCUGGCUGGGCUUGUCGCUCUUCUCGAAGCUCAACGUGCACACCAGCCUGGAAUGCGACGAUGCCACCAUCCGCAACUGGCUGCAGCUGGUGGAGUCUCACUACCUAGACAACCCAUACCACAACUCAACGCACGCCGGCGACGUCAUGCAAGCCACCGCCUAUUUUCUGCUCAAGUUGCGAAAAAAGGACAUCUUCGAUCCACUGGACGAGGCCAUCUGCCUCAUAUCGGCGGUGAUACACGACAUCGACCACCCCGGGAAAUCCAGCGCGUUUCUCUGCAACUCGGACCACGAACUGGCCAUCCUCUACAAUGACCGCUCUGUGCUGGAGAGUCAUCACGCAGCGUUCGCUUUCAAGUUGACGCUGUCGGACGAGAAAGUGAACAUCUUCCAAAAGCUGGACCGUGACGUGUACCGCUCGGUACGGCUGUCCAUCAUCGACAUGGUGCUGGCCACUGAGAUGACUAAACACUUCGAGCACCUCUCCAAGUUCCUCAACGCGUUCCAGAAGCCCAUGCAGGAAGAGGAAGGCUUCGAUGCCGAGCCCUUACAAGAGCACGGAGAGUCUGGCUCGCUGCGCUCUGCCGAGAACAUCAUCCUCAUCAAGCGCAUGCUCAUCAAGUGCUCCGACGUGUCGAACCCGGCGCGGCCCAUUAACCUGUGCAUCCAGUGGGCGCACCGUAUCGCUGAAGAGUACUGCGCCCAGACGGACGAUGAGAAACGUCUCGGUCUGACCGUGGUGAUGCCUGCUUUCGACCGUGCCACCUGCAGCAUCCCAAACUCGCAGACGGGCUUCAUCAACUACUUUGUGCGCGACAUGUUCAGGGCCUGGUCAGACUUCGGUGAGUUCCCGGAGCUCAUGGAGUACAUCGAGAAGAACUACAUUUAUUGGAAGGACAAGGAGCCGUCGUCUGGUCAGCAAGGAAAUCACUAAUGCCUCGUCACCAGUUCACCUCAGGCACAGAAGUGGCUUGAAUCAUCUUCACUGUUGGGGGGGUCGGGAGUUGAUGACGGGUGGAAUGGGACACUGAUUGCGAGACACAGACGCUGAAGAAAAGAAGCUGCUGUGCCGCUUCAAGGACGUUGUCAAACAUUGUUUGGUCGAACGGGAGAGCUCGCGCGAGGAUGCGGGAAUGGCUCGCGUGGAUAUCCGGAGAAACAUCGUUUAAGCGUCCUGCUAACCUACGAGCGUCUACGGCCCGGGCCCAUCUUGCAAUCGCUGCUCCGACACCUGUGCACGCGGUGCGUGGCGCGGCAACAGCGGAGUGCACGCUUGUACCGCGGUGAUGUGCGUCAGAGGUGAACAGCAACUCAAGUGGCGCCCGUAGCCUCGGCAGCAGCGUCACAAGAAGCCCAACCAGCCGACAGUGCGUUGGGACUGACGACUUUGUCCUUAUCUAGUGCGUGGCCUUCCUGGCUGGACCUUUAAUUUUCCUUGUUUGCAUUCUUCCAUAAACUGUUUGUUGCCGUCACUGCUCGCGCUUAACUCUCAUUAGAUAAACAAGGCGGGCAACAGGGGAAUUACAGGAUAAGGAUUGGCAGCAAGGUAGGUAUGUGGAAAAAAAUGCAGAAGAAAUUUAUAUAUGUUCGUCUCAACAUCCUCAGCAUCAGCCACACUGCUCGUAAUAAGUGUUUAUCGCAGUCAACAAAGCAGCUAGUCUGCAAAGUGUCUCACCUAAACAUAUGCUAUUGCACACUGUUUGUCGUGUCCCGUUCCGAAGUGCAACUCCGUUUUCAUCCACUUUUUUUUUUUUUUUUCUGCGAGCAAUGAUGCUUGUACGCGGCAGAACCCCGGCAGCUGAGCCAUUGCGAUGAACCCCCUCUUUUGAUUGUUAAAACAUGAGACAUAUGUGAAGGCAGGCUCCGUGCUAAAGCACGUCAUUUCUGCUGCUGGGCAGCUAAUAAGCAUUCUGACUGUCUUCGCGCGCGCCAGCCUCUUCAGAGGCGUACAUUCUGGUUAACACCGGUGUAUACGCUGGUGUUAACCGGUGUAUGGUGCGACAAAACAAACGUAUCGGCGCUCUUCACUCCACCUCUGCCAGCUGGCGGCGCAAUAUCUUGCGGUCACGUCUGGGGUCGUACUCUCGAAUGUUCACGUUCGCCAUUACCUCAUGUGGCCCCACUUCGGUGUUUGUGUUGCUCGUUCUGUCUGUACACUCGACACGACGGGUGGGGCGUGAAAACUGGUUGCAACAGCACCCGCCCACCAGCUUGUUUUUCACGCAUGUUGCAGUAUGUUUGGCUGGUCGCACCGCACUGAAGCUGAUAUUAGCAAACGUGACUAGUCGACAAGACCUGCUAAAGACAACACCAGCAAGGUGCAUGAAUGAUUUCGCUUUCUCCCUGUAUCGGCGAGGAAAACUGGCCGUCAGGUUCACGAACGCUGGUGUUGAGUACACGCUUCCGGGUUUCUGUCGUUUGUUGCCAGGUUCAAGUACGCCGAGGAUGCCUUACGUGGAGUUGUGAGCUCGACUGCGCAGACCUCGGGGAAGAAUAGCGUACGUGUUGUGCGGAAGAGCACAGCAAGGGCCAGCUGCCGCAGGGUGUCACUAUGUGCGCACCGCUCCUUUUAUGUAUUGUUACGCACACACUUUAUCGCGUUGGUGGCGACUCUGAAGCUGCGCGAUCUGGCAGGUUGACGCUGAUGGUAAAGUAGGCAAAUUAAGACUUUGCGACUCGGAACAUACGGCGAAUCGCCGUGAAAUGCGAAACGAUGUCUGCAAUGAUCGCACGUCACUGAUUGCGCACAACCUAAAGUGCUCGCUGUCUAAUGUAGCAGCAUAAAUUUCAAGUAAAUUGCUAAGAGAUGUCGGCAGCAAUUACCGCUACGUGCUAUCACGUGCAAAUGAGGAUAAAUUAUGCUACUUAGAAGCUAAAGAUUGCGGACUCGUAACGGCUAACUACAUAGAUUCCGUCCCUGGAAGUGCCGAAGUGGUUUAAACUUUACAGGGAUGUUUUCUAAAAGCUUCUAGAGUGGCAGUCGUAUUCAAGAAUAGAUAAGGAUGGGAAUAUCAUGUGAAAAAUAAUGCUGAGCCAGCGAGAGUCGCAAAUAUAAACUCGUUUGGAAGCAACCACUCAAUUGGCAUGCCGGCUUCGUAGUGGGCGACAAAGAUUUUCUCGGUAUUCAGAUGUCGCUAGCGAAGCCGUGGCACAGACUCAUUCGGACAAAAAAUUUAUAUCUGGUUUGACACAGGAGGACGCUUCCUGGUGGACGCUCGACGGUACUGCUCUGAUGCCUGUAUGGUAAGACAGUGUCUCCAGCUCGACAUUGGGACGUAACCUCCACUCCAGAAAUCUUUCCAGAUCUCCAGAACCCGUCUUUCUUAAAUUCAUGGGACUCGGUAGUUUGCGAACAAGAGCACUCACACUUGAGGGUAUACACCCGCGAGUGCCUCUGUUCGUAGUCUGAAAAGCCAAUCCUCCUCUUCAUAUCCCGCCCUUUUUCUUCUUCUAUUGCCUUUGAGAGUACGUUAAUGGCGUCGCGCGACGGCGAACGAACGGGCCUAUGAUAAGCAAAGAAAGUGGAAAUUCAGAAUCCGGUGUCUGCACAUGUCUCCAAUACAUCUUGUAGCGCUCAAACGACCAGCUCAUUUCAGGCAGCACUGACGUCAUUCCGUGGCCUCCUUCACAAAGUCAGAGAGAGAGCAAGGAGAGGAAAGGCCAACCACACGAGCGUCCGGUUUAAUUGCUACCCUACACCGGGGAUAAGGGAAAGGGGAAUAGAAAGAGGAAAAGAUGGAGAGAGAGCACUGAGUGCAGAUUGGUCAAAUCACGAAGACCCUCGUCUCGUGAUGGUGCUUCUGGUGAAAGGAAAACGGCACGUAUGAAAAUUGGUAUAAUUUACUGUUUCCUUCGCAGGAAUGGUAAAUUACGAUCCAUUAAGCGCGGGAAUGAUGUAAACUGCAGGCAUCGCAUUUAGUUUUGCUUAUUGCUUUAUUUCUUGGCGCGCAUUCUGAUUUCAACUGCGUAAUUGUGCCCCUUUAGGCAGCAUCGUAGCGGCAGCAUGCCGCUAAAACCGUUUUUCAAACUAACGUUAUUAGGGGUGAGAGCUAUAGCACUGCAGUUCAUUCAUCGUAGCAAUCGUCGGUAGUACAGCAAUUUUCUGUAACUUGGCGGAGCUUUAUUCCGAAAGCGCACUGCAGCUGAUGUCGUUGUCGUUUGCGGUUCAGUCGUGUGCGAGCCAGUAUUUCGCAUCCAUACCGUAGUGGCUGAACGAUUGCAGCGUUACGCUUACUGUUAAUACGUCGGCACGUGAGUUAAAGCGAGCGGAAUGCGCGUCUUCACGCCACAUUCUGUCACCGCAGCAAGUCUUUCUCGGAAGAGUUCUCUGGUGACGCUAGUGAAACGAGCCUCGUCGAUUCUUUGAAAUAAUUUAGCUGUGACGCUCGUGCUGGUCGAACAGUGGUACGAGUAGAGUCAAGGCCCUUUCACGCAUAUAACAGGUGCUCGUUGUAAUUGGAUCAACGUGAUGGCAAGACGUUUGGCGUAAGCGUUGUGACUAUAAAAAUCACCGUCGACGCUGAUUUUCGUUGACCUUGGACCUCGAAAGAAGUCGGCUGAAUUGCAAACAUGCCUCCGUUUUAAAGGACUAGUGACAAUUCUAAUAGUAUUUUAUCUCGUUGUUUUCGUGGAUAGCUGCACGCCUUGUAAUUGGACUAUUGGAGAUUUUAUUCAAGUGUUCAUCUUCACACUUAGAAAGAAGGAUGAAAGGCUACAACGCCUGGCGGAGCUCCCAUCUUGGGCGACAGCUGCAGACAAGCUGUUGCAGCAGAACACACAUGUUAAUCUAGAGCAUUUAAAGUAAACAUACACAAAUACGCUAUGGAGAAUGUAAAACUGCAAGAAAUUAUACACACGAGACAAAAUAUGUACAGAAAGGAGCAUUACGCAUAGGUAUCACCACAUUAACAACAAGCACUAAGCACUACAAUAUUUUUGUUUAAAGAAGGACGGUAUCAAGUCUAGAUUUCAUGAACGUGCAAGAAAUAGUUAAUACCAUUAUUUUAAUACAACCAGUUCAACACGCCCGCCAAACGCAGCGUGAUUUCGGCCAUGCAGCGGGCAGCACGUGCCAUCACGGCAGUCGGAGAUGGUGUGAACUCGAUGCUACAAACCAUUAGCGCGCGCACCAGUGAGGUCACUGCAGUAAAUACAGGCCAUACCAUGACUGGACGAAGCCUGUGACCGCCACCGACAGCUUAGCACAUAGAGCCGGUUGAAUAGGUGCGCCUCCGAAGCUGCCUCGCGAUCGACAGAAUGAGAAGGUGAAGGGGACGCUAGACGUUCGCGGAGAAGCUUUCGUCGGUGACACGGCGACACGAUCAUCGUGCGGCCUGCUUCCACCUAGCACCGGUCUUACUGGCGGGCGCGUCAUUGGUUUGCGACACCACGUAACUCCAUCUCCUGCUCCAAUUGCGAUGCUGCGCUCGGCGUGCUUCGAGCUGUCCGCUUUAUGAGAUUAUUAUAGUUAAUUUUCGCCCGCUUUAAAAAUUGCGGCUUCAUACUACAAUUUCCAUUCGUCCUGCACUAGAAUUUAUAUUACGAUUUAUCUAGCGUGGGAAUGAUGCAGAUAUCGCAGUUAGUUUUAGCAACUACGGAGUCGACAGUUGCCAAAGCAAUGUAAGACUUCUUUAACGUUUGACACGAUGCCCACACCAUACGUAUUUGUGACGUAUGGUGUGACGUGAUGCCCUAGCAUCACGGUCACCCGCCUCCGCCUCAGGCUUCUGGGUCGCUACCAAUAGCGUCGCUGCGAUAGUCACAAGUGCUGUUACCGGAACCGAGGUUUCGUGAAAACAGUUAUUUUCAGAGCACAUAUCAAAACCAAGUAUAGAAAUAAAAAAAGCGCCUGCUAAUAUACUAGUCGUCCUGACCACACUUUUUCUGUUCGUGCCAAAGAACUGCACCCGUAGCGAAUGCGACGUGACCGAGAAUUAAUUGUUUCACCAUUGUUCUUUGCUCAAGGAAGAAAAGUCCCCGCCCAUCCGUAGUCCCCGUCGCCGAUUGCGUUACAUGUACGAAAGCAGAAAGCGUGUUGUGUCAAGAUAAUGUCGCGCGAUUUUGCAAGAUGCGUGCAUUCACCUGCUACGUUAGAGUCGCCGCUUUCUAACCACUGUUGCCCUCUAGUGAGUUAGACGGAAAGGAAAAGGUGUCCGCUGUUGCCGCCAUCUUAGUAUGAAACUUUAUGAUCGCCGCUCACCUUCCCUUCAAGGUUCCGAAUGAUUCGUGUAGUCACUGAGUGCUGCAACUAGCAGGAAUUUUCGCUACAGUCGAAUGAACUGUGAAAGCCCUCCGGUGAGCAGACAUGCAUGGAUGCGUUCUGCGCAGCUUAUGGUAAUAUUAUACAUGUUGAGUGUGACACCGGCUGCUCUCAAAUAAGAUAGCGCUUCAAGUUCCCUAUAUAUGUUGCUUAGAGCUCGGGGUUAAAAUUAUGACUGCUAAACCCGCUUGCGCUUAUUAACUUCAACUAAAGCGCCAACGAAAGAGGCUCUUGGUGUGCUAUUCACCUCAGCAUUAACCUUGGAACGUAUGUACGUCAGACCGUUAAAAACUCCACGAGACAUUAUGUCACGCCCUGCAUAAGUGAAGUAAUGUGGCCUUCUCUUUCUUUGUAUUCGAAAGCUUCCUAAGGCAGUCGUAAUUCCCGUGCGCGACAGAACCGCUAUCCCACCGAUGGCUUGCGCUGGAACAGUAGAUGAGAUAAUUAUUUACAGUGUAGACUCGCCAGUCUGCCAUUUUGACCUCUUACGAACACACAUCUGUGUGUGUGAACGGCAGAGUAAAAAUUGACGUUUCGUAUCUAAACAUUCGGCGAGCUGACACUGUAGGACAACCGUAAUGCACGUUCGAAAUUUUUCUCAAACACUGCAUUUGUUGCGGCAUGUGCGUCCGCGUCGAGCCAAACCUGUAAAUCAAAGCGUUGUGCUCUUUCUUUUCCCCUUUACUUUCACACAAAGGUCUACCGCAGCGAACUCGAGCGUCCUAUAGGUACCCAGUAGAGCCACUGCGCACGCCCUUAUGGCCACGUAUACGUCCGGAGUUUUACACACUUUUUUACGGGAGGGCUGGACGUAACGACUUCCCGUGAACCUGCGAUGAAACUCUUUGUAGUUAUGGUACUCCGGGCAGAAAGCGCUUUACUUCUCAAAACGGUCGAUGUCGAUUUCUUGUGCGUAUGACACGUGCAAGGCCUGCGGCGACAGCGCUCAGUAGCAGCACGAAAUUGAGAGCUCGGAGGUCGUUGGUGUGUCGUUGUGUUCACGCAUGCCGAACGUCAUGGACUAAAUGUGCGCGUCAUAAACAGCUAAGUGUGUGUGAGUUUGAGUGUGUGCGUGCGUGGGUAUUGUAAGUGCCAACCAACCACUUGUCAUUUCCCAAUAAAAUUGUUGCCAAAGCGGAA